AUGCGGCGGCGGUUAAGAAUCCCCUGCUCCUGCCGCCUGACUCUUCUCCUACUGCGCCGGCGCUUGAGACUCCCUUGCUCCCGGCGCCUGACUCUUCUCCUGCCGCACGCGGUUGAGACUCCCCUGCUCCCGUCGCUUGACUCUUCUCCUGCAGGCUGUUGCGCCGGCGGUUGUAGUAGCUCUCUGCAUCAGGCUCAUCCCGAAUCUGCUUGUCGUAGUGUUUCUCCUCCAAUUUCCGCAGCUCGCAGCUUCACCAUUCUCAUACGCGGUGGCCGACGGGUUCUGAUUGCAGUUGAGGACGAACAGGUUGGGACUCUGCAAAUGGUUGAAUGUGAGGCUCAAAUUGGAAGCGGCGUUGAGCUUCUCCAAAUCGAGGGAGAGCCUAGGGAGAGAUCUUCGUGCUCCGUGGCCGGAUGA